CAAAAUCGGGGAUGUAAUGCUGAUAAAGGACCAUGUUAAUUUUAUGGGAUUUGCUGGUAACAACCCACUAAGAGGACCUAACGAAGAACGAUUUGGUACCAGGUUUCCAGGAAUGAAUAAAGCUUAUGACAAAGAUUUGAUAAAAGCUGCACUUGAUAUAGCGAAAGGUUUGAAUAUAGAAGAUAAAGUUCAUCAAGGAGUAUAUGCAUCUGUGGGAGGUCCAAAUUACGAGACGGAUCUCAUCGGUGAUAUACCGCAAAUCCAAAGAGAAAGUACAAUAUGUACAAUAUUUGUAUCCAAUCAAUAUUCAUACUGGUCUAAUCAAUUACAAAAGGAGAAAAACAGCAGAAGAACGUAAAUCUGCCCGAAUCAUUGAGUAUUCUCCAAAAUCUAAGGGCGAUAUUGUGGGUGUGUGGAGAAAUAUUACAUUAGAAGAAUUAGCCAAGGUUCUUAAUAAAGAUAUUCAUUAUGUGUAUGAUAUAUUUUUAAAUCAAUUCAGAAAUCCUCAAACAUCUAUAAGUGAUAUCAAACUUCUUCAACAAGGGAUCCGUAGAAGUGGUAGACGAAUGAGAAUAAUUGCCAAACCAACAGAAGAUAUUGAAAAAAUUGUUAAACAUGAUGUAUAUCCUCGACCGCCUCCAUCUAAAAGUGAACUAAAGCCUCGUCCACCUGUAGUUACUAUCAUGGGUCAUGUAGAUCAUGGCAAGACGACUUUACUAGAUGCAUUAAGAAAUUCAAAAGUGGUGGACCAAGAAUUUGGUGGCAUCACCCAGCAUAUAGGUGCUUUUUCAGUAGUUUUGAAUUCUGGUACCUGGAUCACAUUUUUAGAUACUCCAGGACAUGCAGCUUUUACAGCAAUGAGAUCUAGAGGAGCUAAUGUCACAGAUAUAGUUGUUUUGGUUGUUGCAGCUGAUGAUGGAGUCAUGGAGCAAACUUUGGAAUCCAUUAGAAUGGCUAAACAGGCAAGAGUGCCCAUUUUAGUUGCAAUAAAUAAAAUUGAUUCCCCAAAGGCAGAUAUAUCAAGAACUGAAAAAAUGCUAGUUGCAUCAGGUAUUCAAGUUGAAAAUCUGGGUGGUGAUGUUCAGGCUAUUCCUAUAUCGGCUCUUAAAAAACAAAACCUGGAGCAACUAACCGAGGCAUUAGCUGUACAAGCAGAAUUAUUAGAAAUAGGUGCUGAUCCCACUGGUCCAAUCGAAGCUGUUGUUAUAGAAAGUAAACUCGACCAGUUUAGAGGAAAGUUGUGUACUGUUAUUGUACAAAGAGGUACUUUAAGAAAAGGAGAUAUAUUAGUAGCUGGAACUUCCAUAGCAAAAGUUCGUGCUCUUAAAGAUGACAAAGGAAAGUUACUUGACCAAGUCACUCCAGGAUAUCCUGCUGAAAUAGAAGGUUGGAGAGAGCUACCUCAAGCUGGUGAACAAGUACUCCAAGUUGAGUCAGAAAGAAAAGCUCGAGAUGUCCAAAGGUUUAGAGAAACAGAAAAGGAGUUGGAAAAAAUGAAAGAUGAUCUAAAAGUAAUUCGUGAAAAAGAAGAACAACAUAAUAAAGAGUAUAAAGAGAAGUUAGAGCUUAAAAGGAAAUUGGGAAGAUAUAAGUUGAAACCAGAGGGACCCAGAAAGCCACAGUGGCAAGAUGACGAGUUUCCUUCUUUAAAUGUGAUUUUGAGAGCAGAUGUAGAUGGAACGUUAGAAGCUAUUCUAAAUACAUUGGAUACUUACGAUUCCGACAACUGUAAAAUGGACUUGGUACAUUAUGGAGUAGGAUCUAUAACUGAAACAGAUAUUGAGUUGGCUGAAACGUUUAAAGGUGUUAUAUACGCAUUCAAUGUGGAUUUGCCUUUAAAUUUGAAAGCUAGGGCUUCAAAAGUGCCGAUAAAACAUCAUAACGUGAUUUACAAAUUGAUUGACGAUAUAAAAGAAGAAUUAAACUCCAGACUUCCCCUAAAAGAACAAGAAGAAAUUUUAGGAGAGGCAACUGUUUUACAAGUCUUUCAAAUAAAUCAAGGUAGAAAAACAGUACCUGUAGCCGGUUGUCAAUGUCUAACAGGAUUGUUGAAACGAUCUGCCGAAUAUAAAGUCAUCAGGAAAGGAGAAAUUAUACACACAGGUUCUUUAUCUUCCAUGCGACACUUGAAAAAUGAGGUGGAUGUUAUCAAAUCAAACACAGAAUGUGGUCUUCAGUUUCUGGAUAAAACCAUUACUUUUGAGAAAGGCGAUGUAAUAAUUUGUUUCGAAAAGAAGUUAGUUCCUCAAAAAACCGAUUGGGAUCCAGGUUUCUAGGUUAAAAUAAUGUAAUAAUUCUAAAAAUCAUUGUAUUUUACAAAAGUUUUGUUAAUUUGAAAUAGGAGUAUCAAUGUUUGUUCAACAAGUAAUAUUAUUCAUUGAUGUAUAGAGUCCUCAUUUGGUACUA